GCCAUUCGUUUGACAUUACUAAAAAUGUCAUAGGAAAAAAUGUCUCAUCCAAAUUGAAAUCCAUGCUAAUAAUCCCAAGUUCAUUUACACAAUUCAUUUUCCAAAUUUCAAGCAGUGAAAUAUCGAAAUGAAGCCAAGUAGGGAGCUUGCUCCUCAGCCAGAUGAUUUGGUUGGGGAUUCAUCAUCUGAAGCACCAAGGAUACCCUUAUCUCCUCUGGAUCUCUACACACAUAAGGCAAAAUUAGUUCAAAAUGAACCAAUUCAGUUCGUAGGUUUCAAUACAGAAUUUUUCCCAGAAAUAGUUAACAAUGGAUACACCAUUCAGAUCAAUUCCAGAGGCGAUCAGAGGCCUCGGAUCACCGGAGGUGGUUUGCGAUAUCCGGAGUAUAUGGUGCAAAAUGUGCAUUUCCAUUGGGACUCUGAACAUACAAUUAAUAGUGUCAGAUUCAUGCUGGAGUGCCACAUCCAGCUGGUUGCAAGCGAGUUCAAAACGUUCAAAGAAGCUGCUGAGAGAAAAGGACUUGCCAUUUUAGCAUCAGUAUGGAGGAGAUAUCUUUUUCAGUAUUCCGAGGUUGAGAAUCCUUCCUUGAACACAGUUCUAGCUGCUCACGAUUCCAUAUCCAGGAACCCGAAGAUCCCCUGUUUGGCUGAGCUCCCUAUUGUCAUAUCCCAGCUCAUCCCGGACAACACUGCAAAUUAUUUCCGGUAUGAAGGAUCUAUCACCUUUCCGCCAUUCUAUCCGAACACUUACACUGUUUUCGUGGACAGGGCCCACUUAACUAGAAAGCAGCUGUACGUGUUAAGCGACAUCUACAACGAAAUCGGGAAUCCAGUAGUUUACAACAACUUACCUACGAUUAGAUCCAAGAUGGCACCUCCGGUGUUCUUCAAUGGGGACAAGAAUUCAUGUUAUUGUUUGAAGUUUCCCUAGAUACUGGAAACACCUGAUAAGUGAAUACAUGCGAGUGAUUGAAACCUUGUUUUUUGGAUCAAAUUUUUACACUUUCAUUAUAGAGAGCAGAACUUA